GAAAAAUCUUUAUUCUUGUGAAUUUUAGCAUUGAAUAAUUGAAAUUAAACUUGAAAAUUGUAGAAUAAGUGAAGCCAAAAUGAUUAAAAUUAUUUUCCUGACUGCAUGCCUUAUCAUCACACUCAGUGACUCAUCAUUAUCAGCAAACAUUGACUGUGAAUAUGUAUUGAAUGAUUAUAUUGUUUUUGGCAGUAGAUACUAUUGCAAUGUAUGGACAGUGGACAUAUCAACACCAGAAGCAGCACAGAUUACAUCAGCAAAGGGAAUUCACAAGGAUAAGAGAACAAACGAUGAUGUCGUCGGCUUUCAUGCUCGAAGGAAAGCAAUCAAGUAUUUUCCACAAAACUUGCUGAGUGUCUUUAAGAAUCUUCAAAGAAUUAACAUAAAUGGCUGUAAAUUAGAGGAAAUCCACCAAUCAGACCUAAAAGCACAUCCAAAUCUAACUCAUUUUUACUUGACUGAGAACUUAAUAGAAGUCGUUGAGGAAGGACUUUUUGACUUUAAUCCAAAUUUAGUGUGGGUUGGGAUUAAUGAGGCUAAAUUAAUUCACAUCGAUGCACACGUCUUCGAUCAUUUGACUGGAUUAAUAAGCUUUUGGUUCACUCAAGUGCCGUGCAUUAAGAAGACAGCUGACAAUUCUAGGGAAAAAGUUGAGGCUGCAAUUUAUAUCGCUAAAGCUGCUUGCGUUAAUUUGGAAUUUAGACAAUUGGAUAGUAAAAUUGACAAGCUGGAAAGUGAUUCAAAAACUUUGAGUGCUGAAGAUUUUAAGAAUAGCUUGGAGAGCUUUGAAAAAGGAUUUGUUGAUUCUAGAUUUUCAAAAUUUCGUCCGUUGAAUUACAAGUUUGCGAAGCUGAAGGGUCAGAAUGGUGGCAGUAACAUGGUUAUUGGUCAAACAACUAAGAAGCCUGAAUUAAGCUGUGAUAAGAUUCCAGAAAAUUCAAAUUCAGUUCAAACUGGCACAGAUCAACUGACUAAUGACUUAACCAGUAUAACUAGCAAGCUCAACUCCCUCCAAGACACCUGCAAGUCAUCCCAAAGCUCAAUCACACUGCCCAUAACUAAAUUAACCACAAACUUCAAUGAAUUCAAGACAAAAUAUGAGUUAUCAAGCGAUGACAUUAGAAGCACUAUGAGUGACAUGGACACAGCAUUAAGUUCCAUCAAAACAUCCCAAAAUGACCUCAAAACUGACAUCAAUAAGCUUAAAACUUCACAAAAUGAAAUUGCAGUCUCGGUUAAUGAGUUGAAAAACAGCAAAAAUGGCGAUUUUGAUGAUAAAUUUGUAGCAUUAAGUAAGGACAUUGGGAGCCUCAAAGAGCAAAUGGAAGCUUUUAUGUCAAAAUUUACAUACUUUGAGGUUGAGAAUGCUGAAAAGUUUGGGAAAAUUGAGAAGGAGUUGAUCAUUACAAGACAUAAAAUUGACAUAAGCUUGGAUGAGAAAAUUAAAGGAAUUGAAAAAAGACUUGCGAGGAAGUUUGAGGAUAUUUUGGAGGAGAAAUUGGCGAAAAUUCUGAAUGGGAAAAGUUGACUUUU